AUGUUCCAAGACGAGAGAUCGACUGUUCCGAGAUCGACUGCAGUUAUGACUAAAACUUAUUUAAAAGAAGCGGCGGCGGAUCCAGCCAACGUAGAGGCAUUCAAUGUUUAUGAAGAUGCCGAAGAAAUAGUAGAAGAGGGGGGAGCGGGGGAAGCUAUUUGCACUCAUGAAGAUUGCCCAGCUGCUUCAAUUUUUAGAAUGGCGUCAUACUUUGAUAGAAUAGGAGGCGAGGAUUUUCUUGAUUAUUUUGUUGAUGAGA